UAUGCUGCGUUCUUGAUUUGUUAGCACCAUUCGGACGCUGUUGACACAAACCCUAGUCUAAAAUCCCUCAGUUUGUUUAUCUUUGGUUUUUAAACUUUUUAGUUAUUGUUUACGCAGUGUGUUCUAGCGGCUCAACUUGGGGUAGUAAGUGAACAAAAGUUUUUGAAAUAGGUUUAAAAGAAGAAAAACUAUAACCUUGUGAACCGAUAGAUGAUGUAGGUCAAGAAUCCUGGUCAGUCAACAGUCCUCCAAGGAGUCUCUGUUUGUAAACGCAUUGUCAAGACAGGCAUCAGAUCUAGUAGGUGAUAUUGGUUAACAUGGCGCAAGACAACUCCAAAACUCCAUCAAUGGUGCUACACGAGUUGAUGACAAAAUUAGGAUUAUCUCCACCUGACUAUAACCUUGUUUUCCAACUUUCUGGAAGCCAUAAAAACCGAUUUGAUUUUCAAGUAAACGCUGGAGGCAUUCAGGCUACUGGAAGUGGCACCUCAAAGCAAAUCGGGAAACAACAAGCAGCAAAAAAUGCUUUGGAAAAACUGGCGGAGAUUGGAAUAUAUAAGCCAAUAAAUUUACCUGUAAGCAACACUAAUGAGGUUGCUCUAGAUUGCAUAGUUGAAUUACACACCCUUUGUCUGGACAAUAAAAUGUGCCCGCCAGAAUAUUUUGAAAUAUCCAGUGUGGGGCCUCCUCAUAACAAAGAGUUUACAUAUGGUUGCAGAAUUGGUUCUAUAAAUACGGAAGCCACAUCCAGUUCAAAAAAAAUGGCCAGAAGAUUAGCUGCUAAGGAGAUGCUCGAGAGAGUAAAAGGUAUUUGUCUCGAAUUGGUUCAAGAUGAGUAUACUAUGGCUCUAAGCUUAGAAGACCAGAGUGCAGAGGCAAAAGCAAAAUACAUGGAGGUUAAGGAAAAAAUCCUCCCAGAUAAAACUUAUACGCAAAAUUACACAUAUAAUUCGUUUACUAAAUUGAUGUUAUCUAAGGAACUUAAUUAUGAUGAUUUUGCCUCGUAUCUAAAAACUCCGACAAGGGAAUCAUUAGAAGAAAUAACAAAGAAGCUUGAUAUAGAGUAUAUUCUGACGCUCGUUCAACAGAAUCCAUUGAUAGUAUCUCUUAAUCUUCGUGUUGAUAUGCCUUGCACAAUAUUUGCAAGAGGUAACACAUUUGAGGAAGCGGAAGAGAAAGCUUUAAAAGAAAUCUUUAACAUUUUGGAUUUGCUAAUGACUACAGAUAGAUAUAAAUAAUAUUAAAAAAUUACUAAAUUAUUAAA